AACAUAAAAAACAAAAACAAAAACAAAACAAAACAAAACCUCUCGAUUAAAAAGGCAUACCCUCUUUUUUUUUCCUGCAGGAAAAAUUGAUGUCCACACUCUCCUAUCCCAACCUAGCUAGACUCUCUUAUUCUUAUCUCCUCCUUAGCUCUUCCUCUUCUUUCUUUGCUUAGACAAAUAUUCCCAUAAUUAUUUCUAUUAGUCAUUUUAUGUAAAACACAAACACAAACACAAAACACAGAACACAGAACACAGAACACAACCUCUUUAUUUUUUUUUGUUGUUACAAUUAUUGGUAUUACUAUUACAAUCUUGGGGUUUUCUGAGUACUCUAGCAGCUUAAACUCGAUCCAUUGGAAAUAGAGAACAAAGAAAUGGAAUUCGAGGAGGAGGAGGAGGAGGAGCAUGAAGAAGAAGAAGAAGACAUGGAAAUUCCAACACCACCAGCACCUGCGUACGAAUUACCGGUUACCAACUCAGCCAGUGGUAAGCCCAAAGUACUGGUGGGUCCCAACAACAACCACCCCACCACUUCUUCUGCCACCACCACCACGAUGACCAGAUACAGAGAAUGCUUGAAGAACCACGCGUUGGGUAUGGGAGGCCACGCGUUGGACGGUUGCGGAGAGUUCUUGGCAGCCGGAGAGGAAGGUACGCUCGACGCGCUGAAAUGCGCCGCCUGCAACUGCCACCGUAACUUCCACCGCAAGGAAGUUAACGAUCAUCAUCAUCAUCAUCAUCGAUCAUCAUCAGAAGUCUACCACCACUAUCAGCAACAAUUCACACCUUAUUAUCAUCAUCAACAUCGAUCUCCACAACCACCACAUCAUAGUGGGUACUUGCACAUGACCACCACGUUGUCUCAGCAUCAUCAAAGACCGCCUUUGGCUUUGCCAGCUGCUUCAGGCGGUGGCGGUCAAGAUUUGGAGGACAUGUCAAACCCUAGUAGCAGUGGUGGUGGCGGUGGUGGUGGUGGGACUAGUAGUGGUGGUGGGUCAAAGAAGAGGUUUAGAACAAAGUUUAGCCAGGAACAGAAGGAGAAGAUGCUUCAAUUUGCGGAGAGCGUAGGGUGGAAGAUUCAGAAGCACGAUGAAGCUGCGGUGGAACAGUUCUGUGCAGAGACAGGUGUGAGAAGGCAAGUACUCAAGGUCUGGAUGCACAACAACAAGCACACCCUAGGUAAGAAACCCAAAAAAAAAAAAAAAAAAAAAAAACCCUUUUUUCUUUUGUUUGAGAAAAUUGGUGCCACGUUCAUGGAAGAAAAUUGUAAUGUAAAUUUUGCUACGAGAUCUAAUUAACUAGCUAGGGUUCUGUCUCA